UUCUUGUGCGACCUUCUCUUGUCGCUGGCUCAAUUGGAUUGUGCAACGGAGGUUCAAUUAAUUCAAAGGUGCGUAUUCCUGGCGCCGAUCCCCGUCCAUCCAUUUCAAUUAAAGAUCACGACGAACAAUCUUCAUCGCCAACAUUGGAAUUGCUCGAAUGCUAACAAUACAAUGCAGUAAUCCAUAAUGUUGUCUUUCGCUCUUUUGGCGGCCGUGUUGCCCCUUGUCCAGGCAAUCGAGCCUCCACGGUUCCCCCACCAGCCCUUGGGCAACGGAACCAAGCGUUUGACCUACAAUGUGACCACAGACGCUCCCGGUGCGCUUUCGCCUUCGACGCGCACCCUGAACUGGGUCAGCAUCGGUACUGAUGGCGACUACAUCUAUACCGGAACCGAUGGCUCUUUUCUUUUUGAGAACAUCGCGUCUGGAGAGACCUCCACUUUCCUUUCUGCCGACAAGAUCCCAGACGACUAUCACGACUACUGGAUCUCCUCGGAUGCUAGCACUGUGCUUUGGGCUACCAAUUACACGAAGCAGUAUCGCCACUCCUACUUCUCGGAUUAUCUUGUUCAGAAUGUGGAGUCGGGUGAGACUGUCCCGCUCGUCCCCACUUCUACCGGGGACAUCCAAUACGCGGAGUUCAACCCGGCCUCGCCUAAACAGAUCGCUUUCGUGCAAGGUAACAACCUCUUCAUCUGGAACGAUGGAGAUAUUCAACAGGUCACCACCAACGGCGGACCCGACUGGUUCAAUGCUGUUCCCGAUUGGGUUUAUGAGGAAGAAAUCUUUGGUGACCGGUACACUUUGUGGUGGUCACCAGACGGCAAAUACAUCGCCUACCUGACCUUCAACGAAACUGGUGUCGAAACUUUCCGCAUUCCUUACUACAUGGACAGCCAGGAUGUCGCUCCUGUCUAUCCUCGUGAACUUGAGCUUCGUUACCCCAAGGUUGGAACUACAAAUCCUUCCGUAGGCUUUCAACUUCUCGAAGUGGAAUCGCUUGAGUCUACCGAAAUCCCCAUCACUGCCUUCCCUGCCGAGGAUCUUGUGAUUGGUGAGGUUGCUUGGGUUACCGAAGAACACGGCAAAGUCCUUUACCGCGCGUACAACCGUGUCCAAGACACCGAGAAGAUUGUCGUCGUCGGCGUGCCUGCUGCCACUUCGUCCGUCAUCCACGAGCGAGAUGGCUCUGAUGGAUGGUUGGAGAACUUCAUCGCCGUGUCGUAUCUCGGAGCAGUUUCUGACUCCAAUGCCACUUUCAGCAACUCGAGCGGAGAGUACUACCUCGAUUUCUCCGAUGAGUCUGGCUGGAAACACAUCUAUUUGUUCCCUGUUAACGGUGGCGAGAAAAUCGCCCUCACAUCAGGUGAAUGGGAAGUCCGAUCCAUCCUAAAAAUCGAUGCGAAGCGCAGUCUUGUUUACUACACUUCCACUGAACAUCACAGCACCGAAAGCCAUCUUUACUCAGUCAACUACAAGACUGGCAAGAAGACUGCUCUUGUUGAUGAUACAGUGGACGCUUUCUGGACUGCUUCUUUCUCCUCCGGUGGAUCUUACUAUGUCCUUCGCUACGCUGGACCUGACGUUCCUUACCAGGAACUGUAUUCCGUUAAUUCGACUACGCCCCUGCGCACUAUUGUCGACAACAAGAGGGCUUACGAUGAGAUCUACUCAUACAACCUCAACAACAUCACCUACCAGGAGCUUGAGCACCCAUCUGGCUACACCCUCAACGCCAUGCUCCGUCUGCCACCAAACUUCGAUCCUUCCAAGAAGUACCCCGCCAUUCUCAUCCCAUACGGCGGCCCCAACGCCCAGGAAGUGACCAAGCAAUUCAUUUCCCUCAACUGGAAAGCCUACAUCGCCUCUGAUCCAGAGCUCGAAUACAUCACUUUCACUGUCGACAACCGUGGUACCGGUUACAAGGGCCGCAAAUUCCGUUCUGAAGUCACUGGCAACCUGGGCGAUCUCGAAGCGCAAGAUCAAAUCUGGGCCGCUAAGGAACUUGCUAAGAACUCCUUUGUCGACUCUGAGCACAUUGGCAUCUGGGGAUGGUCGUACGGCGGCUACCUCAGCGCUAAGGUCGUUGAAGUCAACGACCCCAUCAUCUCUUUCGCCAUGAUCACCGCUCCUGUCUCUGACUGGAGCUACUACGACUCCAUCUACACCGAGCGUUACAUGAAGACCCCAGACGUCAACCCCAACUACAAUGUCUCCCGCGUACACGACAGCACGGGUUUCAAGAACAUUGCUGGCGGCUUCCUCAUCCAGCACGGCACUGGUGACGAUAACGUGCACUUCCAAAACGCGGCUGCGCUUACCGAUCUGCUUAUGGGCGAUCGCGUCACCCCCGAGAAGAUGCAGAACACCUGGUUUACCGACAGCGACCACAGCAUUGUGUACAACAACAAUGGUAAAUUCCUGUACAGAGAGCUGAGCAAGUUCGUGUACGAGGAGAAGAAGAGGGUGGGUAACAGCAAGGGUACCCACCAGUGGAGCAAGAAGAGUGUAGAGCCCAGGAAGUGGACCGCUUAG